CCGCAGCCUCCGACCCCGCAGCCCCGAGCGAGCCCGCAGCCCCGGCCAUGGCGGCGCCCCGCAGCGACAGCGAGAAGAGGAAGCAGAUCAGCGUGCGGGGCAUCGCGGGGCUGGGCGACGUGGCCGAGGUGCGGAAAAGCUUCAACCGGCACCUGCACUUCACGCUGGUCAAGGACCGCAACGUGGCCACCCCCCGCGACUAUUUCUUCGCCCUGGCGCACGCGGUGCGGGACCAGCUGGUGGGGCGCUGGAUCCGCACCCAGCAGCGCUACUACGAGCGCGACCCCAAGCGUAUUUAUUACCUGUCUCUGGAAUUCUACAUGGGCCGCACCCUGCAGAAUACAAUGGUGAACCUGGGUAUGCAGAAUGUCUGUGAUGAAGCCAUUUACCAGCUGGGUCUGGACUUGGAGGAGCUGGAAGAGAUUGAAGAAGAUGCUGGCCUGGGUAAUGGAGGGCUGGGUCGCCUGGCAGCUUGCUUCCUUGACUCCAUGGCGACGCUGGGGCUGGCAGCCUAUGGCUACGGGAUCCGAUAUGAAUUUGGCAUAUUUAAUCAGAAGAUUGUCGAUGGCUGGCAGGUGGAGGAAGCUGAUGAUUGGCUGCGCUAUGGCAACCCCUGGGAAAAAGCCCGCCCUGAGUAUAUGCUUCCUGUGCAUUUCUAUGGCCGAGUGGAGCACGCUGCGGAGGGCGUGAAGUGGAUUGAUACUCAGGUAGUUCUUGCCAUGCCUUAUGAUACCCCCGUGCCAGGAUACAAGAACAACACCGUGAACACAAUGCGGCUGUGGUCUGCCAAAGCACCCAAUGACUUCAACCUUCAGGAGUUCAAUGUGGGCGAUUAUAUCGAGGCUGUGCUGGAUAGAAACCUGGCAGAAAACAUCUCCCGAGUCCUGUAUCCGAAUGACAAUUUCUUUGAAGGGAAGGAGCUGCGGCUGAAGCAGGAAUACUUCGUGGUAGCUGCCACCCUGCAGGACAUCAUUCGCCGUUUCAAGUCUUCCAACUUCGGCUCCCGAGACCCAGUCAGGACGUGCUUUGAGACCUUCCCAGACAAGGUCGCCAUUCAGCUGAACGACACUCACCCAGCACUUUCCAUCCCGGAGCUCAUGCGGAUCCUGGUGGACGUGGAGAAAAUGGAGUGGGAGAAGGCCUGGGAGGUCACAAAGCGAACCUGCGCCUACACCAACCACACCGUGCUGCCCGAGGCCCUGGAGCGCUGGCCGGUCUCCAUGUUCGAGACGCUGCUGCCGCGCCACCUGGAGAUCAUUUAUACCAUCAACCAAAGGCAUCUGGAUCAUGUGGCCGCCAUCUACCCUGGAGACCUAGACCGUCUGCGUAGGAUGUCCGUGAUCGAGGAAGGGGACUGCAAGAGGAUUAACAUGGCCCACCUCUGCGUGAUCGGCUCCCACGCCGUCAAUGGGGUGGCCAGGAUUCACUCCGAAAUCGUGAAGAAUUCCGUAUUCAAAGAUUUCUAUGAGAUGGAACCCGAGAAGUUCCAGAACAAGACGAACGGCAUCACUCCGAGGCGCUGGCUCCUCCUGUGCAACCCAGGACUAGCAAGUGUAAUUGCUGAGAAAAUCGGAGAAGAUUUUGUAACCGAUCUGAGCCAGCUGAAGAAGUUACUGGAUUUUGUCAGUGACGAGGUGUUUAUCAGGGAUGUGGCCAAAGUCAAACAGGAGAACAAGCUCAAGUUCUCUGCCUACUUGGAGGAGAAGUACAAGGUGAAAAUCAACCCGUCCUCCAUGUUUGACGUGCACGUGAAGCGGAUUCACGAGUACAAGAGGCAGCUCCUCAACUGCCUGCACAUCAUCACCCUCUACAACCGCAUGAGAAAAGACCCAUCGAAGUCCUUCGUGCCAAGGACGGUCAUGAUUGGAGGAAAGGCAGCUCCCGGCUACCACAUGGCCAAAAUGAUUAUCAAACUGAUCACGUCCAUCGGGGACGUCAUCAACAACGAUCCCUAUAUAGGAGAUCGACUCAAAGUCAUCUUCUUGGAGAACUACAGGGUGUCCUUUGCUGAGAAAGUGAUUCCCGCGGCCGAUCUGUCCCAGCAGAUCUCCACGGCCGGCACUGAGGCCUCAGGCACGGGGAACAUGAAGUUCAUGCUGAAUGGGGCCCUCACCAUUGGUACCAUGGAUGGGGCCAACGUGGAGAUGGCGGAGGAAGCCGGCGAGGAGAAUCUGUUCAUCUUCGGCAUGCGGGUGGAGGACGUGGAGGCGUUAGACAAGCGAGGGUACAAUGCUAGGGAAUACUACGAGCGCAUUCCGGAGCUGAGACAAGCCAUCGACCAGCUCAGCAGCGGCUUCUUCUCGCCUAGAGACCCUGGCUGCUUCCGGGAUCUCGUCAAUAUGUUGAUGAACCACGACAGAUUUAAAGUGUUUGCCGACUACCAGGCCUACAUGGAGUGUCAAGGCCACGUUGACCAGUUGUACAGGAAGCCAAGAGAGUGGACUAAGAAGGUCAUCAAGAACAUCGCUUCCUCGGGGAAGUUUUCCAGCGACAGGACGAUCACCGAGUAUGCCAGAGAAAUCUGGGGUGUGGAGCCAUCAGCUGUGAAGAUCCCCCCACCUAACAUCCCCAGGGAUUAAGCUUGGCACUAAAUGUGUGUCUGGUUGAUCCAGGCUUAAGGUGCUUCUGGUUUCCAGCUAGGUUUGCACAGAUGAACUUAACACCAGUUGAGGGGCUGGAAUCUAUAAAAUAGGGCAUUUGCCAGGGAGAAGAGGAAGGUGCUUUUAAUAAGAGCAGAGAGGAGAGAUGUUGGCUAAAGCCUUGUGUGUGAAAACAGGUAAAACAAAAGGAGCAGCAGGAAACCUGGUUAGAACUAAGGCCAUUCUGUCUGUUACUCAUUUAACCAACUUGCAUGUCCUGUACCGUGUUGAGUGAGCUAAUGGCUGCCUAGGCUUCCUGAAGAUACAUCCCAUGCUAGGCCAAGCACUUAGUGAAAUUCUUGUUUUCCCCUUCCGUAGAAAAGCUGCUCUAAUCUCUAUAGAGGGGGUGAUCGCUGAACACCCUGCUCAGAUGAUCUGCCAGCGUGGUCUGAACCUGCCCACGCCUCCUACCCCACCAGUCGUUGCUAGGGGCCUCACCUGGGUUCUUACACCUUCUAGCCACAGUCAGAGCUGGGACACGGGUUAGGUGAAGCAGGAGUGGAACCAACACAGGUCAUUUUCCCUAUUUAAAGGUAAAUGACCCCACUUUAGCCAAGUGUCUGGUUUUGCUGCAUUGGGUAAAAGAGGAUUAAACUCCACUAGCCAGCUCUGUAUGCGCACAGCAGGGGGCUUUUGGAGCACACCUGAGCCCUAACCUCAUGGUUGUUUCUGCAUCUUGCAGCCCCAGGUGGGGUGUGUUUUUCAUGCUGAAAGGGGGCAGCUACUGGACUUCAGCCAAGAUUGAAACCAGCUGCUUUCCUUACCAAGACCGCACCUAGUUUGAAUUAAAAAGCAGCUUCCAGACAGCAAUGAAAUAUGGAGGUGCCCCCUGGAGCUGUUAUAGGUCCCUGUCUAAGGCACUAUCUUGAUCCAAGUGGUGUUUGUAGAGCUGCUGUGAAGUCAUGUGAGAUUGUAUUAGCUUUCAACAAGCAGUUUGUGGCUGGGCCUGGAUUGCGCUCCUGUUUCCACUUUGUAACGCCUACAAGGCCCAAGCUGGCCGAAGGGCUGACUGGUCUCUGAAGAAAUACUUGCAAGCACCAGCCUGUAAACGCUGUGCUUGUGAGAUAGCAUGGCAGGGCUGGAUGGCUUCUGAGGCAUGUGGCCACUAGCGCGGCCUUGUGCCAACCCCCAGGCACAGGGGGAAGAGGAACCCGUCAGCUUAGCGCUUCCCCCGGCUUCCCAAGCCCCGCCUGAACCCAAGAUUCAUUUUUGUUGUUGGUGCAGGUGUUGGCCCCGCAGUAAGGGACAAAGACACUGUCACUUUCCCUUUGGCCAAGGGCCCUGCAGUUACUGUGCUGGCCAAGGGCCCUCGCUGGCCACGCUGACCUGUUCCUGCACAGAACUGCUGCAUCCCCUUUUCUACCCCACCCAGGCCCAACUGAAUGUGAGACCUGUGCCCAGAACAAGCCAUCGCCCGCCCUGGGGCCUUGGCUACCAACCAGACCACCUCCAUCAAGGAAAGAGGCCCAAAGCUGGGACCCUCAGCUAGCAGGCAAGUCACUUCCCCCAAAGCCCUUCAGGCUGCUCAGAGCUAUAAGGCAGGGCCAGGACAGCCUGGCAGGCAGCAACCCCCUGCUACAGGGACCAUGACAGCCCCAGUGCUCUCAGCGGCUGCCCCCGUUGUCCGAUAGGGGAAAAGGCCUGGAACAGUAUGGAUGGGCUCUACAGCAAGGGGCCUCCACAGCCCAGGGAAGUAUGGUAUGUUAUCAGCCACAGCUGGGCUCCAUCACGGCCCAUGCGUUGCUGGAACUUGAAGCUCCUAUUGCUGGAAGAGCCAGGUUCCUGCAUGGUCUCCCUUGGCCCAGCUCACCCAGAGCGAGCCCAUCAGCACCAAGCGAUCUGAUACGAUAACUGCAUUGUCCUCGCCAAGCCUCCCCCCGUGCAUUUCCUUCUCCCCUACGAGUGGAGCCAGGACAAGCACAGUCAGUAGGAACCUCAGUACAGGUGAGGCUCUGGGCCCAGGAGCUGACUGCCGAAUACAGAAUUGCUGGGAAAGCUCAUCUGCAAUAGCACACCUGAAAUUAAGUCACCGUGUCAGGGCUGGCACGCUUUUGCUGUGACCAUUGAUGUGUUAACUUACAUCACGUCUCUAUGCCCAUGAGCAAAGAAAGGGACUAAGCCCAUCACUUCUCAGCGAGGAAGGGGUUACACUUUCGGUGUGCAUUGAAAUCAAAUACAGCCCCUUCUUUAAAUGAUCAAAAAGACCAACCCUUAAGUCCACUUAACAGUUUUUCACUGUAGUGUUGUUGCAGCCAUGUUAGACCCAGAAUCGUGGGGAGACAAGGUGGGUGAAAUAAUGGCUUUUAAUGGAUCAUGAGCUUCUGAGUGACACAGAGCUGGAGAAGACCUGAAGAGCUUGGUGUAGCAUUAUCUCACUCAUCUUGUGGCUCUAGGAUUUUUAAAUGCUGUCAAAUUUCUUGAGUAUACAACGCUACUUCUGCUAACGAAUGUACCGUACUUCAUCUGCAUGCAGCUGCUGAUCUACUUCCAUUGUGUUUUGUGUUGAUCUGGACUAGGCGGAGUACUUGCUGGAUUGUCAAUGCGUUACUCACAUUUCAUAGUCUGUGUUCCAUGAACCGGGAUAUCUGAACUGCAGAUCAACUCGUACUGAGCAGGAACGUGGAAGGUUUUGAAAUUAGAGCAUCCCAGUUGCUUCCGUAUCUGCCUCUAAUGGGACAUGGAAAUAGAUUUAGUGUAUUGUUUCAACAUGCUGGCAUGAAGUAUGGAUAUUAAUCUGUGUAGUGAAUCUGUGUUCCUCACCUGUGCAUUGGAAACUGAUUAAAACAAUCAAAACGCC